UAAUUUAUUGAUAAGCGGGCUGCCACACUGGUCACGCCUGUCCGUAAGGUUGUGUGAAAAAUUGCAAAAAAUAGUUUAAUUUAACAGCCGCUUACGUUCCACCGCAAAAGAUUCCGACAGCAUGCCGCGCUAUAGGGAGUGGGACCUGGCCUGCAAGGUCUAUGUGGGCAAUCUGGGUUCCUCGGCAUCCAAGUACGAGAUUGAGGGCGCCUUUGCUAAGUACGGUCCACUAAGAAACGUGUGGGUGGCGCAACCCCCAGGCUUUGCGUUCGUAGAGUUUGAGGAUCGGCGGGACGCCGAAGAUGCGACGCGGGCACUGGACGGAACCCGCUGCUGCGGCACUAGGAUUCGUGUGGAAAUGUCAUCGGGGCGAUCUCGCGACCGCCGUCGCGGCGAAGGUGGAAGCAGUGGCGGUGGUGGAGGCGGACGCUCUGGAUCCGGGCGCUACAGAUCCCGCUCGCCACGUCGCUCCCGUUCGCCCCGCAGCCGCAGUUUUUCGCGCGAUCGCCGAAGUCGCUCGGACUCCCGCGACCGCCAUUAAAUAUAAAAACAAAAACAUAUUCCCAAAAGGAUACCACUUAAGCCAUUUCGCAAUCGAAGCCAACUAUUGCUGGGGCCACAAAACACACGCAUCGAUUGCGAUGUAAGUAACUUGACAUCAGAUGACAAUAUAAAAACCUUUCGAUGCAUGCUUCAAAUUUCCACUUUUUUUUUGUUUAUUACGAAAUAAAGACCCAUAAACAAAGCGGAGAAGGGUUCUCAGUA